AAGUAAUUGGAAAAAUUAAAAAGUUGCGUCAAAAAUACAAAUCCGUUAAAGACCAAAAAAAUAAAAGCGGUAACAGUGCCAACCCAAAAAAAGAAUGGAAAUUUUUCCAGGAGAUUGACAAGUUCAUGUACACGAAGCAUAAUAUUAAUCCUCCAUCACUCAUUGACACCUCGGCAGACUCAGUUGAGACUGAACAUGAAAAUGUUGAUGACAAUUUCA